ACUGAAGUUUCGGACUUGGUCUGUUACACAACGCGAGUUUCUCCAUUUCUGCCGCAGCUGUGCGCCGGCGUUUUACUCCCAUACGGUUUUAAACUUGUUUUUAGUAAACAAUAGUAGUGGAAAUGACCGGGGACCAUUCCCACAACGAUUCUCAGAUUAACUCUGGACCCAAAUAUGGUGAUUCUCAUAAACACAAAGAUAAGUAUAAGGACAAAGAACACAAACACAAGGACCACAAGAAAGAUAAAGAACGUGAGAAAUCAAAGUACAGCAACAGUGAGCACAAGGACUCCUCAGAUAAAAAACACAGAGAUAAAGAGAAAGUGAAGCACAAAGAUGGAUCCUCAGACAAACAGAAGGACAAAUAUAAAGAGAAGAGGAAGGAGGAGAGGUCUUUUGAUGGGGAGUCGAUUAGAGAGAGAGAGAAUGGCUUUGCUAGCCCUCCUCACAUAAAGUCUGAGCCAGAAAAUGAAGAAUUAUAUCACUCACCCAAACACAAGAAGUCCCUGAAAAGAGAGCACGAUGAUGAUGAUGAUGAGUUCAAGCCCAAAAAAAUAAAAACUGAGAAUGAUAAAGGUGAGAAGAAGGUGAAGAAAAGGAAACAGGAGGAAGAGGACAUAAAACCCAAAAAGAAGACUAAAGACAAGAAAGGGGAAGUGGGAACAGAUGGCAAAAAGAAAGCAAAGAAGGAGCCAGAGGAGAAAUGGAAAUGGUGGGAAGAGGAGAGGUAUACAGAUGGAGUGAAAUGGAAGUUUUUGGAACAUAAAGGACCUGUGUUUGCUCCACCGUAUGACCCUCUUCCCAGCAACGUCAAGUUCUAUUAUGAUGGAAAACCCAUGAAACUUAGGCCAGAGGCAGAAGAAGUAGCAACCUUCUUUGCUAAAAUGUUGGACCACGAAUACACUACCAAGGACGUAUUCCGGAAAAACUUCUUCAAAGACUGGAGGAAGGAAAUGACUGCAGAAGAGAAGGCAAAGAUCACAGACUUGAACAAGUGUAACUUUAGUGAGAUGAAUGAAUAUUUUAAAGCUCAGUCAGAGGCCAGGAAAGCCAUGACUAAAGAGGAGAAACAGAAAAUCAAAGAGGAAAAUGAGCGUCUCCUGCUAGAGUAUGGCUUCUGUGUAAUGGACAAUCACCGUGAGAGAAUCGCCAACUUUCGUAUUGAGCCACCUGGCCUGUUCCGUGGCCGAGGAGACCAUCCAAAAAUGGGCAUGUUAAAACGUCGUAUCCGGCCAGAGGACAUCAUCAUCAAUUGCAGCAAGGACUCUGAGCAUCCUAAACCUCCUCCAGGGACCAAGUGGAAAGAGGUGCGACACGACAACAAGGUGACAUGGCUGGUAUCCUGGACUGAGAACAUCCAGGGUGCCAUCAAGUACAUCAUGCUGAACCCCAGCUCCAGGAUCAAGGGAGAGAAGGACUGGCAGAAAUAUGAGACAGCUCGGCGGCUAAAGAAGUGUGUGGACCGUCUGCGGGCUCAGUACAGAGAGGACUGGAAGUCUAAGGAAAUGAGGAUCAGGCAGAGAGCCGUGGCCCUUUACUUCAUCGACAAGCUGGCUCUGAGAGCAGGAAACGAGAAAGAGGAAGGAGAAACAGCAGAUACAGUGGGCUGCUGCUCGCUGAGAGUGGAGCAUCUCAGUCUGUACCCGGAGAAAGAUGGCCAAGAAUAUGUGGUGGAAUUUGACUUUCUGGGAAAAGAUUCGAUCCGCUAUUACAAUAAAGUCCCUGUGGAGAAGAGGGUUUUUAAGAAUCUGCAACUCUUCAUGGAGAACAAGCAGCCGGAGGAUGACCUGUUUGACCGCCUAAAUACCACCAUUCUCAACAAGCAUCUUCAGGAGUUGAUGGAUGGCUUGACUGCUAAAGUGUUCCGUACCUACAAUGCGUCAAUUACACUGCAGCAGCAACUGAAAGAGCUGACCAACGCGGAAGACAAUGUCUCUGCCAAGAUCCUCUCUUACAACCGGGCCAACAGAGCCGUAGCCAUCCUGUGUAACCACCAGAGGGCGCCACCCAAGACUUUUGAGAAGUCCAUGCAGAAUUUACAAACAAAGAUUGACGCCAAGAAGGAGCAGCUUGCUGAUGCUAAAAGAGAACUGAAGAGUGCCAAGGCUGAUGCCAAAAUACGCAGAGAUGAGAAAUCCAAGAAAGCUGUGGAGACAAAGAAGAAAGCGGUGCAGAGGAUAGAGGAGCAGUUGAUGAAGCUGGAGGUGCAGGCCACAGACCGUGAGGAGAAUAAACAGAUUGCCCUCGGCACCUCCAAACUAAACUACCUGGAUCCACGCAUCUCUGUAGCCUGGUGCAAGAAGUGGGGUGUCCCUGUUGAGAAAAUCUACAACAAAACUCAGCGUGAGAAGUUUGCAUGGGCAAUCGACAUGGCGGAUGAGGACUUUGAAUUUUAAAUUGCUCCUGUUUUUUUUAAACCCUCUUCCCCUUAUGUUUUCAUUUUAUUCUUAUUUUAUUAUUAUUAUUAUUAUUAUUAUUAUUAUUAUUAU